ACUAUAUAGGGCAUCUCCAGCGAUGAAGCAGGUGACUUCCAUCUCGGGUUCUUUGCUUGCUCCUUGAAGCAUUGAAGGCUUGUGAAUGGCAUCCAUCUAAGCAGGAAACCAGUAGGUCGCCACGGAAACGACUGUGCAAAGGGAGCCCGAACCGACGAGAGACAGUGUGGUUUUCUGGACUCUAUUUUUCUGCUAAAGGAACCCUGAGGACUAAUCAGCUCUUGCAGGUCCAAAACCAUGGCCCGGGGACCAGUAACAUUCAGGGGUGUGGUCAUAGAGUUCUUUCCGCAUGAGUGGGAAUUUCUCGACUCGCUUCAGAAGAAAUUGUAUUGCGAUGUGAUGAUGGAGAACUAUAGUAACUUGGUCUCACUGGGCCAUUCCAUUUCUAAGUCAGACAUAAUUGUGUUAUUGGAAGAAGGAAGAAAUCCCUGGAUGGUUGUGAGAAAAGAAACAAGAAGCUGGAAUACAGAUUUGGAUUCAAGUUAUAAAAUAACCAGCGAUAGAAAAACAUUUGUAUUUGGGAAACAUUCAUCUCUUUUUUUGCAUCAGAUCAUUCAUGGUGAUGAGAAACUCUAUGAAGAAUGUGGGAAAGCUUUUUGUUGUGCUUCAAACCUUGCUCAACAUGGAAGAGUUCAUUAUGGAGCAGACUGCCAGGACUCCAAGAUCGCAUCAGUUUUACCACUGAAGAAAAAGAAACUCCUGGAUGUCAAAUUAAGGGAGCUGCCAAGCUGGAUACUAAUGCGAGAUUUCAUCCCUAAAGGCAUUGCUGGAGCGCUUCAAAGAGGUUAUUGCCAGUAUUACAACAAGUUAAACAUGAAGAAAGGGAGUGUCGCUGGGCUUUCUAUGGUGCUGGCAGCUUACAUGCUUAUCAACUGUUGCCAUUCUAACAAGGAGCUUUAACAAGAGCAGCCAAGCAAGUACCACUGAAGAGGGCACAUUCUGCAUUCCUGACCAUCACCUUUGCCAUGCACCCCUGAAUCCUUUCAUAGCCUAAUGGAGAAUUAACAUCCAAUUAAAGAUGACUGGUUAAAAAAAAAAAUCUCUCUUAGCAACUUUCAAAUCAAAUAAUAUGAAUUAUAAUCACCAUUCUGUAUAUUACAUCCCCAUGAGUUAUUUACUUUAUAAUUGGAAAUUUGUGGCUUUUGGCCUUCUUCACACUUUUCAGCCACUGCCUCUGGCAGCCAUUAGUUUCUUCUCUGUAUCUGUGACUUC